CGAUGAUGUUCCCGACAACAUAGUCAAAACCCUCCCUCGUUAAAGAUUUCGUUUUUUCCUCUCUUCCUCUCCAUGCCCAGAAAAGAAAGAAAGAGAUCCGGGUCGGGUGAGAGCUCCGAUUAUGCAGUGGCGGCAGGAUCCGGCGGGCAUUGAGGGUUUUGACACGUCAUCGUCAUCUCCCGCCGCAUCCUCCACAGCUCAAAGCUGCAGGAUCAAGCGGGCCAUUGUGGUGGGGAAUGGCAGAUCUCAAACUCCCGUGCCCACCUGGAGAACGACGCCGUUUCUCCCAGCCGCCUCCGGAACAACCCGACCCGUCUCCGCCCGGAAGUUGGCCGCCGCUCUCUGGGAGAUGAAUGAAGUGCCGUCGCCUAUGGUGAUGACGACGACCAAAGACGAAAUGUCUUCCUAUUUCAGCGACCCAUCUCAGACCCCUGUCUCUCUGGUUGUGCACCUUGACAGUUAUGGUUAAUGUUGUUGGCCAAGAACAUUCUUUGACUCCGCCUUUCUUUGAAUUCGAAUAGAGAAGGGAUCGAUCUGGAGCGAGAAGUUUUUACCAGGAUUUGACGAGGCCAGCUGCUGAUCACAAUGUGGGAUUGGAUUCUCUGAGUCUUGUUGAGAGUUUUAAAUCGGAUGGUGUGAGAACCCGGCUGAAAGACAUUAGUACUGCUUUGACAACAUCCAAGGACCUUCUGAAAAUAAUCGACCGGAUUUGGGCCCACGAGGACGCGGGCCCGCCAUCUUCAAGCGUGUCUAUCAUCUCUGCAUUACGCGCUGAACUCGAACGGGCACGAAUGCAGGUCCAUCGUGUGAUUCAAGAACAGCGCUCGGAUAACCAAAACCGGGUCAGCUAUCUAAUGCAGCGUUUGGCUGAAGAGAAAGCGAAUGCAAUGCAGAAACUUGAAAGUGAACUUGAGGUAGAAAGAAAACUAAGGCGGAGAUCAGAGAGCUUGAACAAGAAGCUCUGCAAGGAACUGUCUGAAACAGAAGCUGCAUUCUUCAAGGCAGUCCAAACACUGGAAAGUGAGAAGAGAACGAGGGAGAUCAUCGAACAAACGUACAGUGAAUUAGUUACCGAAAGUGGCGGCUAUGGAGAUGAAGCUCCAACAAGGGUAAAAUUAAAAGACCAUCUCUGUA